CGCGUGGUCACAUGGGCCACACAGACGAAGGAAUGUGAAUACAACCUGCUGGUUUAAAAGAUUUUAGCCAUCUGACAAAGUUUUUGAAAGAUUUUUGACGUGAAUCACUAAUCGAGUCAGAAUGGCCUCGGCUGUGCUGCCCAGGCAGAAAACCCGGUUUCUUCCAGCCAUCGACCAGCGCGCUGCUCCCAGCCACAACAAACUCAGUCACAAGAGCCGACUGAAGGAAAAAUCCAAGCUUCCUGACCCAGCCUUCCCUGAAAACGAGAAAAACCAAACCACCACAAUCACAGAAGAUGACAUAGCAAGGUUCCGGAAGCCUGUACAUCAAAACCUUUGCGUGUCCAUGUUGCGGGAGGGGUUUCAUCGCUCUUUUGAAGAGUUCUUUUCUUUGCUCCAGCGCUGGAAGGCGUCCCGGCUGGCGGCUGGAGAGGACAGCGCACUGUGGCAGCAGCGUCCACUGGAGGAGCAGCCACACAAACUGGAGACACUGAAGGAGUUCCUCACUCGUGCCGAGUCUGCGGAAAGAUCUGAUCAGUAUGUGGAGGUGUAUGAGAAUUAUUUGGCCCUGGCAAAGUUUUUCUCAGAGCCAGACGACAGGUGGCUCCAGCAUCAUUUCUAUGAGCUCAGCCUUCUGUCUGCCCGCAAAAUAAAGAUGGACUCUGGCAAGAGAGAAGCCGAGGCCAACGCACACAUAGGCCAGCUGUACUUAGAACAAGGUGAUUUGGAAUUGGCUCAGGAGCACUAUGAGAUGUUUCACUACCUGGUGGUGGGGCGAUCAUGGCAGGACGAGAACGGAUGUCCACUUCUUUAUCGUGCGUGCGAGGGGCUCUGGAGGGUCUACACACUGCAGGCACAGAGACAACUGCAGAAUAAAGACUACAGUCCAGCCAUUCAGAUCCUUACCAAGGCCUAUGAUAUGGCUAAACAGGCAGGUGAUAGGAGGAUGGAGGGAGAGGCAGCAUAUAGAGUGGCUCUGGCCUAUCAGAGCUUGGGCGAUCAAAGAACUGCUAAACAGUUUCUGAAAACAUUUGUGGAGAUCUCCACAGCUCUGCAGGACACAGCCAGUGUGGGAAAAGCAUAUAAAGCCAUCGCCCAGUCUCUGGAGAGUGAGGGUAAAUUGAAUGAGACCAUCCAGUACCUGCAGAAAUAUGCUGAAAUUUCUGAGCAGAACAAUCAGGACCAGGACCUACAGGACGCUUGCAUGUGCCUUGGGUCCAUACAGAGCUCUAGGGGUGAGUAUGUUAGUGCCUGUGAGUAUUUUAUCAGGGCCUAUGAGAUUGCAUGUGAUCUGGGCUCAGUGCCACUCCUGCAGAAAGCUCAAGUGUGCCUGGGCAUCACGCGGGCACACAGCAUGCUGCGGACGUACAGCACCCUUGUGGUGAACGAUGAGCCGCAGAGCCUUCUCACACUCAUCCGCUGGAAGGAGACACGAGAGGAGUUUCACAAGCCCCCAUACGCAAAGAAAUGAUGGGAUCAUAAAAGAAAAGAAAUUGGAGAGGCGUGAGAAGAGGAGAAGAGGAGAGGGGGUGGGCUUGACUGAAAUCUGUGUUCACAGUGAAUAAAAAUCUUUUAAAGCAAUG